CUGAGCAAAAGCACUGCAUUAUUCAUCGCUCCGACAGUCGACACAGAGCGAGUCCUCACCCAGAGCAAGCAAGCAAGAAGAUCGGGAGGAGGGUCGGAGUUUGAUCGCCAUUUGAUUCGAUGGCGCCGGAGUUUGGGUGGUGGCCGAUGUCGCCGUGGCUGAGCCCAGGCACGGCGUCGUUCAUCUUCUUCAACGUCCUCGUCGGCGCCAUCGCGGUCAUGUCGUCGUCCCGGGGGCCGGAACCGGCCGCCCGGCGCAAGCUCGUUCGCACGGCCUCGACCGUCGUGCUGGAGAGCCUGCGCUCGAUCUCCAACUUCCCCUUCCACUCACUGGGCGACUACAGCGUCGCGUGCUCUGCACCGGCGUCGUCGCAGCUCCACCACAUGCAAGCGCAGUACUAUAGUGCUAUGAUCCAAGAGCAAGAAGCGCGGGAGGUGAGCGCGGUGGAGCCCGAGCCGGCAUCAGUCGCCCGAGAAGAAGCUGUAGUGGCGGCCGCAACGACCACCUCGCCGCAGAGCGCGCCUGCCGUGGCAGAGGAGGUGAACAGGAUGGAGCCCGAGCCAGCGUCAGACGCCCAAGAAGAAACUGUAGCGGCGGCCACAACAACCACCUCGCCGCAGAGCGCGGCACCGGCAGCACUCGACGCGUCAGCGACGGCGACUCAGGGCGAGGUCGAAGACGGGGAGUCCAUCAGCUUGGACGAGGCGUACGCGCUGGCGCGCGCAGGGCGGCAGUCCGCCGCCGACACGGUGGCCACGGUGCCGAAGAAGGCCAAGGGACGAGGAGCCUACGGAUGCGGGCGGGGAACGGAGGACGUCCAAGGGAAGGCGGAGGUGGACGCGCGGGCGGAGCAGUUCAUCCGGCAGUUCCGGGAGGAGCUCAAGCUGGAGCGCAUCAACUCCAUCCUCAACCACACCCACGCGCUGCGCCGCACCGCCGGGGCACGCUAGCCGACCGGCGCCGCUCGGCCGAUCCUCUCGUUUGAUCGUGUAGAGAGAGCAGAAUAUUUCAUUUGCUUGUACAGCCAUUCAUGGGUCAUUCCCGCAGAGAAUGAUGCGACAGCACACAGUUUUGGAUUAUUUACUGUAACCAUAUAGUGGCAGGCAGAGAGAACUGUCAAAACAUCACAUAUUAGCAGA